AAGAAAAUAAUCCAAAUAAUAAAAAUAAAAAAGAAGUGCACCAGAGCACGUAAACUCUCCCUAACUUUUACAUCAAAGAAAAAAAAAUUGACUCUUUUUUCAAAUAAAAAAUAUAAUUGAUUUGUUUUUUUCUAUAAUUUUCCACAAUUAAUUAAUUAAUUAAUGAUGACUCUUAAAAUACAAAGCCUCCAAUGCCAUAGACGACUAAGAUACACAGAGACAUAAAAAUGGAGUCGAAAGGGUCCAUAUCGACCAGAAGGAUCUCACGAGUUGAGCUGACUCAGUCUGAUCUAAUACUCAUUCAACAUAAUUACAUCCAAAAGGGUCUUCUCCUCCCAAAACCAGAUCAUCAUCAAGCUCAACCCUUCUCUGAUCAAUGGAUCGAACACUUGAGAACAACCUUCUCCAAAGCACUCGAAAUCUUCUAUCCCUUAACGGGUCGCCUUGUAAUGAUCCAAAACGACGACGUUCGCCUCACAACAUCUUUCUUCCUAGACUGCAACGGCGCCGGUGCCUCGUUCGACCACGUCACCUCUGACGGCGUCCUCACAGUGGCCGAUGUUCUCGACCCGGUCUACAUCCCAGACGACGUCGUUUACUCCUUCUUUCCCAUGAACAAGGUUUCCAACUACCAAGGUGUUUCGAAGCCGUUGCUGGCAGCUCGAGUAACGGAGUUAGUUGACGGCGUUUUCGUCGCGCUCUCCAUGAACCACUGCGUCGGGGAUGGUACUACCUUCUGGCUCUUCUUCAACACUUGGUCUCGAAUCUCUCGCGACAACGGCGUCGUUUUAGACCCGAUUCGUCUCGUUUUCGAUUGCGAUCAGUUCUUCGACGGCAUCAUCAACAGGGCUACUGAUCUUCCAUUUCGAGUUCCUUUCAACCCAGAUCGUGAUGUAGCUCUUCCUAGUGCUAACAAACCAGUAUUAUCACUGAAGCAAAAAAUGUUUCGUUUUUCAAAGGAAACCAUAGCCAAACUCAAAGCAAAAGUCAACGCUGAGAUGGUUAACUUCUCGCCCACCACAACCACCAAGAUAUCGUCUCUUCAAGCGGUCAUGGCUCACCUUUGGGUCUCCAUAACCCGAAACCGAAAUUUCAAACCCGAACAGGAAGUGAGCUACUACAUCACGGUUGGUCUCAGGCAGAGAAUGGAGCCUCCAUUACCAGAAGGGUAUUUUGGGAAUGCGAUUAGGGCUGCGUGUGCGAAGACCACAGUUGGAAAGUUGGUAGGGAAGAAUGGAUUGGGCUGGGCCGCUUUGCAGAUGAACACUGAGGUUGCUUCGCAGACGUGGGAGAAGGCCCAAGAGUACUUGAAGAAAUGGGCCGAAAGCCCAAAACUGCCACCACAAGAAAACGAUGAGAUUUGGUCUCAUCUACUAGUGACUGGUAGUUCACCAAGGUUCGAUGUUUAUGGGAAUGACUUUGGUUGGGGAAAACCAGUGGCUGUGAGAAGUGGUCCUGGGAACAAGUCUGAAGGAAAGUUGACUGUUUAUGCUGGGACUGAAGAUGGAAGCUUUGACUUUGAGGCUUGUCUAAGGUCUGAGACAUUUGAGGCCAUGAAAGAUGAUGAAGAGUUCAUGGAAACUCUAACUGUGUGAUUUUGUUUUGGAACUAUUGAUCUAUCUGUUUGUAUGUUGUUAUCCAAUAAAUUAGCAUUUGUGAUGUGGCGGAUAAUCUCUUGACACGUGGCUGAUACCUGGACAGCGUUUGCUAGAGUAUCGACCAGGUGACACAGCAGAAGCAGGACAAGCCUGUUUUUCCCACGACCAGUCUGGUCGGUGGUUCCGCUGGCAAGGCAACAUUUAUGGGAAGAUCUUUGUGAAUCCCGAAUUUAUCUCACGCAAUCUUCUGGAUAUCCCAUUAUUCGGGGGAUAAUAUCCGUAACAAUAUUUUGUAACCCUCCAUGAGCCUAUAAAUAGCAAGAUAUAGCUCAAGGGAAGGGAAUUUUGGCAGCUGAAUCAUUGAGAUAUAGAAUUUCUUCUAGUAAAUUUGUAUUGUUUUGUGAGAAGUGUUGAAACUCAUUGAACCCAAGUUCUCUGAUCAUACUUCUGAUUUCAUAUAAAUAUAAUUCUGAGUGGACGUAAGUCAUUACCAGA